AUUAAAUUUUCAAAUCUUUAAAAAUGAGCACCAAUAUGUUUAAUGUCCUUAACAUUUCAGAUGAUGAGGAUUCUAAAACUCAAUAGAAAACACAAUAAUAACAAUCUAAGAAGAAUAAAUAAAAGCGCGAGUAGGAAUAAGUGAUUCCAGUUGAAUUAGUUAAGAAAGAAAGCACUUAACAUCAUAAUCCAGCUCCAAAAUAAAAGGGACUAACAGCUGAUCCUCAUCCAAAGGACAGACACUCCGGAACAGGAAUUGGAAAGGAACUUCGUAAAGAAGGUGGCGGAAGAAGAAAUUGGGGAAAUUAUAAGGACGAUUUAAAGUAGGAGAAGUACCAAGGUGCAAUUGAGGGAAAGGAAACACCCUAGGAAUAAAAUACUGAAUAAUAAUAGGCUGAAGAAUAAUAGCCAUAGGAAAAUGUACCAUAAGCACCACCUGAGAAGACAUUAGCAGAUUAUUAUUAAGCAAGAGGAGUGAAUGUGGAAGAAGUCCUUAAAAAGUAGUAGUAGAAGGCAUAACCAGUAGUAAAGAUCGAUGAGGAGGCAUUGAAAAAGGAGAAAUUAUAGGUGAUGAGAACAAGAGAAGAUGAGAAGAGAGAAAAGGAAUAGAAGGCAACAAAAAAAUCAAGUGGUUAGUAAUAGGGAUACAGAAGUGAAAUGAGUACAGAAGGUUAAUAAUAUUUCGGAUUUACAAAUGAUACAAGAAGAAAUGAUAGAAAUGAUAGAAAUGACAGAAAUGACAGAAAUGAUAGAAAAGAUUAGAAUAACAAAGGAUAAAAGAAAUAAUAAUAACCAAAUAAUGGAGUUCAAUUCGAUGAUAAGGAUUUCCCAUCAUUAUGAAGUGAUCAUUCCAAACACAUAAAAAGUGAGAAAUUUGGUAUAUAUAGUACAUAUAUCAAUUAUAAUUU